GCAAGAUUGAAACCAGAGCUGCUCCUUCCAUCCAUCGUAUAACAGCAACAAAUUUCGAGAAUGGCAGGAAUUCCAAGAAUCAAAUUGGGUUCACAGGGUUUAGAAGUAUCAGCUCAGGGUUUAGGUUGUAUGGGCAUGUCCGCUUUCUACGGAUCCCCCAAACCUGAACCUGACAUGAUCAACCUCAUCCACCACGCCAUUAACGCCGGCGUUACCUUUCUAGACACCUCCGACAUGUACGGUCCCAAAACUAAUGAAAUCCUUCUUGGCAAGGCUUUGAAGGGCGGGAUAAGGGAAAAAGUGGAGCUAGCUACGAAAUUUGGGUUCAAAUUCGAGGGUGGAGCGAGGGAGAUUUGCGGAGAUCCGGCCUAUGUAAGGUCUGCUUGUGAAGCUAGCUUGCAGCGACUCGAUGUCGAUUGCAUUGAUCUCUAUUAUCAGCACAGGAUUGACACUCGUUUGCCUAUCGAAAUCACGAUGGGAGAACUAAAGAAGCUGGUAGAAGAAGGAAAAAUUAAAUAUAUUGGAUUAUCAGAGGCAUCAGCAUCAACCAUAAGAAGAGCCCAUGCUGUGCACCCAAUAACAGCUAUACAACUAGAAUGGUCCUUGUGGACAAGAGAUGUUGAAGACGAAAUCGUUCCUACUUGCAGAGAACUUGGGAUUGGGAUUGUUGCAUACAGUCCUCUAGGACGGGGUUUCUUAUCAUCUGGUCCGAAGAUGCUGAAGAAGCUGGAAGAUGGUGAUUUCCGUAAGUACCUGCCGAGGUUCCAACCUGAAAAUCUUGAUCAUAACAAGAUUCUGUAUGAAAGGGUUAAUGAACUAGCAGCAAAGAAAGGGUGCACCCCUUCGCAGCUGGCAUUGGCCUGGGUUCACCACCAGGGAAACGAUGUGGUGCCUAUUCCAGGAACCACCAGGAUCGAAAAUCUUGAACAGAACAUAGGAGCUUUAUCAGUUAAGCUAACAGCAGAAGACAUGGCUGUACUGGAAUCCGUUGCUUCAGCUGAUUCGGUGAAGGGGGCACGAUAUGGUGCUGGUAUUUCGACAUAUCUGGAUUCGGAUACUCCUCCUUUAUCAUCUUGGAAAGCCUAAUUAAUGCUGUUUGUAAAAGCAUAUAUGGUUYGAGAGUUUUGUUUGUGGUGUGCAGCACACGUAUCACCCUCUAUUUUCUUGUAAGAAAUGUGUUCGACUCGACUUUUGAGUUUUUGGCAAAAAUAAAUAAAGAGGGUUUUAUUUUUUUUGGUUUUGGUCU